CCGAGCGUCUCACGUUUAUCAGGCUCCGUUGAGCACUCCGAAACCCACACGCGAAGAUCGAUCGACGGAUUUGUCAUCGCGAUCCAUCGGAAAUCAAUGAAACACAUAUUUUCUCAAUUUUUUGUUGCUAAAUAUUUCCCAGCUCAUUCUCAACGUUAGAUAGAAUUACUUUUUAUGGCACUUUGCGCAUAAAUGUUGCACGGGAUUUUUUUCAAGUGACAGUUGGUUGAAAAAUUGCUUGAGGAUGUUGUGUUAAUGUGUCGCACUUAAUUUACUAAAUUUUUUCUUCACCUCUGGGAUGAAAGAGAGAACCUUGGAAUUCUUCUCACUGUUUUGAGAGUGAAUAAUCCCAUUGAUGUAAAAUCGUCUGGGAUAAGUCGCCUGGCGCCUCCAAUUAAUCCCCGUUACUUUAUCUCCGUCCUGUGUACCCAAGCAGCACAAAACCCCGAAGGCAUUGAAUAAAGAAAGAAAAAGCCAUGAGAAAAAGCCAUCUCAAAAUAACUCGGACGAGAAAUACCCAUCAGUAUCAACGAUUGGAUAAUUAAAAUCCCGCAGAAAUGGAGUGCGAUAUGGUCCAAAAACAGGCGCAAACUAAUAUUGAUAUUCCAAAGUUUUAGAUGAUCAAAUAAUUAAUUAUCGAGAUCGUCUAGUCGACGCAGAGAUGUCUCUCGCCAACUUCAGUCUGCCAUUUCAACUGGCAACGCCUACCCCGUACAUGUUCCCUCCUGACGUGGGUCAACAGACACCAAUCAGUAAUUUGAGAUUCAAUGCAGUGGUCCCGAGCGAUAAUUUCGGAAGAGAGAGACGUUACCAGAAUGAGCCUUACAUUCCCCCAGCUGCUUAUCAUCAGCAGGAGCAUCAGAGUCGCGACGUUACGCAGCAGGAGCACCUGCAGUCGAGGCAGAGGCAAUAUUACAAGCAGCAGGUACCGCAGCAGCAGUUCCGGAGUCAGGAAGUGCCACAGCAGCGGUUUGAGAGCUCGCAGGAGAGUAGGUACAGCUAUGGACAGGAUUUCAGGAGAGCACAGGCUAGGCAUCAGGGGAGAGUGACACCCCAGCAGCAGAUGGCACCUCCACCAGCAGUGGAGGUAGCUGCGCAGCAGGACAUGUCUAGGGUUGCUCAUCAUGGACCUGGUACUGGGGAACAAGAAUCUUAUCCGGAACGACCUGACGGAUACACGCGUGUAAAUGGCGGCUCUUACGUCGGUCCAGGUGCUAAAACUUCGGUCCACGCUGUAUUAGAUUACGACGAGGACGAGGAGGAUGGGGAAACUGACGUGGAGGACUAUUACGACGAGAAUAUCCCGAAUAAUGUCCGCGUCACCCCCAUCCAGGGACCAAUUUACAUAAAGAAUGGAUCCGUACCAGUUGUCCCUCUAUACUCAUACCCUCAACUCAACAACGGAACAUUUCUGCAAAUACCGAUAUUAUGGACUGCACUAUCAGUUGCACUUGGCGUGGAGUUGAGGGGUGAUCUUGUAAGAGGUACACCAUGUAUAAAAAAAUAUCAUCAGCUGUUCUGCCCAACUGCUGGGAACACAUAUCCAAUAGAGAGGAUAGAGCAAUUUAUCGACGAGAAUAAAGCCCUCAUGAAACGAAUGUACGGUGAUUUCGAGAUGGACAAGGAGUAUGGGCCUGAAACAAGUUCUUCCCCGAGACGAAGGAAAAAAAGGUCAUUUGAGGAGCAUGACUUACCUGAUGGAGGUCCCAGUAUCGGGAACAAACAGCAGAUAGACCCACGAUUUAUCGAGGGUGGUGAUUCGUUCUUCAAUAAAGCUCGAAGACCCAGACAGUCGUUCUCGAAUAAACCGAGCGAGACUGGAAGGGUCGAUGCUUGCGAAUCGAAAGUGGAAAUAGUAACUCCUUAUUGGGCGAGCAACAGUGCUGGAAAAAUUCGUGCCAUCGUUAACACUCAACACUUUGAGCAGGCAAUUCAUCAGGAAGUUUGUUCGAAAACUCAUACGAAUCGGUGUAAUGGUGACUGUGGAUGUGAGCAAAAAUACAAAUGGCACAGAUUGCUCGCUUACGAUCCUGACAAUGACUGCAAAGGAAUUUUCAUGGACUGGUUCUUAUUCCCCUCCUGCUGCGUAUGCCGUUGUGAUCCCCAAGGAAAAUUCCCAAGUACUUCCUCAACCCCCAGCACCCAAAGAGGUUGAUGAAGAAGAAUUGAAAAACCUUUCCACGACGAAAUUCCCAAUUUUUUGUUUUUUUUUAGACUAAAAAAUCAAAACUACUACGAGAAAAAUGCUUUCAAUUAAAAACGAGAAUCCUUCUGUUAAAUUUCAAUUGUUUGUUUGAAAACUAUAUUUAAACUUCCAGAAAUUUCUCAAUUUAAAAAAAAAUUAUUUAUUCAAUUCCGAGAAUUCUGAAAUAUUAAAUGCCAAUAACAUUUUUGCCUCAAUCUGUGCAAUCACGCAACGUAAAAUUGAUAAUUGGGCUUUCGUGUCCCUUCAGAAUGACAGAAACAUGACGACUGAGACUGGUGAUUGCGCAACAAUAUUAAGUGCACGUUUGACCAGUGUCUGUGUGGUUAUACAGUGAAAAUUGCAUAAUUAAGUGAACUAGUGCUUCGAUAUUAUAAUUUCAUCAGACAAAAUGACACAAAAAUAAUUCGUGCCUGCGGAAAGGAAAAAAACUCGCGAAAUGACACAGAACAUUUUAAAAAAUGCCGCUUUUUUCCACGAGAGAAAAAAUAAUGAGAACAACUCUUCAGAGAUUAUUACGAUAAUUGUCCAUUAUUUUCCAUGUAAUCAUUUUGUAUUUUGAAUAAACGUUGGAAUACAUUUUAGUGUCCAUUCUGGCACCUUGCGAAGGUGAAUA